UCGAGUGAACUAUCCUCAGUGUCCUCGUUACUGGUGAAGCAUCCUGUCUUUCCAGCUCCGGAGAAGCUCAAGAUCUGUUGUGCAGUCUUUCUUCAUUUCUAGUGCUGCAAAAAUUCACAGAGGCCACUUCUCUCCACUCUGAGAUUUUGCAGCGUGAAAUGUUGGAUUCCCAACGCAGGUUUGUUGGGUGGGAGCUCGAGGCUUCUUAGUCUUUCUUCAUUUCUAGUGCUGCAAAAAUUCACAGAGGCCACCUCUCUCCACUCUGAGAUUUUGCAGCGUGAAAUGUUGGAUUCCCAACGCAGCUUUGUUGGGUGGGAGCUCGAGGCUUCUUCAUCUCUUAUGGCUUGGAGCUGAAUGCUUUAGGUGCUUAGCAAUAUACGAGGAUCAAGAGGUUUCAUCACGUCCACUGAUAAGAUCUCGGUCAAGGGCAAGUUGCAGAAGAAGGGAGAGAUUGAAGCAAGUCAAUUGAGCUGCCGUCAUCUGCUCCGAAUCAGCAACGAUCGUAGACAUGGGGAUAUUCAACGAGAGAGCUUGGUUUCUCUGCCUAGCCAUGAAUCUGUUGGUACUGUUCUCUGCUUUUACAGAGGCAACUUUAUCUCCACAAGUCGGCGAAGAGCAUUCCCCAUUGGAGAACUCUUUCAAGACCAAAAUGAGACGUUUGGAGCCUCGGUUCCAGACCAUGGGGGAAAGGGUUGCCCAUCACGUCAAAAGCAGUUGGUCACGUGCAACGAUUUUGAGGGCUCGGAUGCAGGACUUCUUAGAGUUGGAUCAUGACUCGGGCUACCAGUCUAAGAUGACCGCAGUGCCUGGAGGCUACGCCAUGUCAAUAUCCUUGGGAUCUCCUCCCCAGGAAUUUAUGGUAAUAGCCGACACUGGCAGCGAUCUCACGUGGGUUCAAGCAUCUGCUUGCGACGCAUGUUUCAGCCAAGCGAGUGAUCCUUACGAUCAGGACAAAUCCUCUACCUACCAAAGCCUCUCCUGCCCCAGUUACAUGUGCAACGCCCUUGGAACGCAGGCACAGUGCUCAGACGACGAGGAUGAAGAUGGCCUUUGCCAGUACGCGUAUCAGUACGGUGACAACUCAGUGACAGAGGGAAAUUUCUCCACCGAAACGAUCACCUUGCAGAACACCGAUGGCGAAAUGUUAGCUGUCCCCAACUUUGCUUUUGGAGUGGGGCUUCACAACUCAGUUGAUUUCUACGGCGUCGAUGGUCUCGUGGGCUUGGGUCAAGGACCUAUCUCGUUUCCUUCUCAGCUCGGAAAGCAGUACGGAAAUGUGUUCUCAUAUUGCCUGCAAAGCAUCUUCUCGGACCCAACGACGAGCAGCCCGGUCAUUUUCGGGCGAUCUGCUCUGCCCACGUCCGAGAAUGUGCAGUACACAGCGCUGCAAACAUCUGAAAACAAGCGCAUCCCGACGUUCUGGUUCUUGAAUCUGAUCGGAGUGAGACUGAACAACAAGAUGGUCAACGUCGACUCGGAGCAGAGCCUAAUUGCAGGCGGUGAAAUCGGAGAACAGUCGAUGAUUAUUGCAGCUCAAUCUCCAAUGGGCACGGUAAUCGACUCUGGAACGACGAUCACUAUGCUGGACCCGCGUGUUUAUCUGACUCUAGCCAGAAUGGUCGAGACAAGAGUCAAGUAUUCUCGAACUUCUUCGCAAGUUUCCGGCUUGGAUCUCUGUUUCGACGUUGGGAAUGAUCGCGACCCGGACCUGCCAGGCCUCACCUUGAUUUUUCAGGAUCAAAGCUGGGACUUACCGAAGGUGAAUGUCUUCGUUCCAGUAGAUGAGCUCGCUCAGAUUUGGUGCUUGGCUGUCAUUCCUACAAAUCAGGGCAUACAAAUCAUCGGCAAUCUGCAACAACAGAACUUUCAGAUGAUCUACGACCAGCCAAACGCCCGAAUUGGCUGGAUACCAUCAAACUGCGAAUCGAUCUAGCCCCCUGUGUUGUAUCAGAUCAUGAAUGGGUGCCAUCACAUGUCUCCACGGCCCAAGAUGGAACUUCAUCUUCUUAAGAGGCUUCUCAUGAGCACAGGACAUCCCCACGUCACUCUCUGAAAGUAAGCUCGUCCGUUGAAGUGUUCGUAUAUAGCUCGAAUCCUUAGUCUUACAGCAGUUGCUCAUCAUAUAGUUAUGAGCCAAAGAGCAUUUGGGCAUUUGAGAUUUUAUAUUCUCGAAUGCGUUGUAGUAAGAGUUGUCCAACUCCGAGAGCCAUGUAAUACGCUGUCUGGAGAUGUAUAGGAUCGGUUUCACAACCCUGGCCUAGAUGCUUCGGUGAGAACAAAUUUGCAGCUAGCGUAGCGUUACAAGUAUAACAGGUGACUGAAAGAAAAAUCUUUGUAUCGGCAUUUGUUGUUGCCCCAAGGAGACUAGAAUUAGCCUCUUCUCCUUCCCUGAGCUCCACCACAAUCUCCUAAAGAUUGAUAAAUUGAAUUAACGAUCAUGGGCUGGUAAAACUACUCUCCCAUGCCACGUUUCAGUUGAAAUUUCUCCUUCCGGGCUGUAUGCAGCUUCAUGGUUGUUGCAAUACGCCCUCCUGUACUUAC